AUGCCGCAAACAUCUUCAUCGCAGCCAUCAGGCUCAAGAGCUCCUGGCGGUACGAAUGGAGCAGGAUUUUCUCGCCGCCCGGCUCGCAGCGAUGGCCUCUUUCUCGGCACCUCACCCCCUUCCAAUAGCACGCCUAUCUCAUCGUCGCAGCCAUCGUCUUCUCGACUGGAGCGCGCUCUGGCCACCGAGCGCAAGGAUGAUCAGGCCGCUAAAGACAGGUCUGCUGCGCGCAAAGCUGCUCGUCGGAAGCGCAAAGAGUAUGAGCCUUAUCAGAAGGCUGCAACCUCCAGCAUCAGCACGUCGAACACAGCCUCCGCGCCGCUCUCCUCGCAACCAGUGAGCAGAGCGAAUCAGCCGGCUGCUCCUGAUCGGAGCAAGGCAACCAACGCACAGCUCCCACCAUCGACAGCACCCGCCUUAUCUCGAGAUCGCUCAUCGCGAGAAGCCUCGUCUAGCACUGCAAAACGCAAGGCUCAGUCGCCUGCUUCUCAGCCGAGUCCCACCAAACGAACACGAGCGUCCCGUCGACAAGCCGCUCGGCCACCGACUCCAGAUGACGACUCGGACGAUGACUUCGAGAUCGUUGGCGGCAAGGGUCCCGCCUUCGGAUCCGGCAGUGGUGAGCACGUUGACAAUGCGCCAGCCAUCAAAGCGUCGCCGUCUCCUGUUCGGGCGCUUAAAGCAUCUCAGCCAACGCAGCCUGUCCGGUUGCGCCGUUCUCAAAGUCGAGGCACUGCUUCAGGUCGACCAUCGCCGGCGGUCCCAUCCUCGCCCUCUCUCACAGGCCAAGAUCAGAGUGCCGCUGCAGCUCAUCCGGCAAGCCAGGCAUCUUCAAAUUCGAGGAAUUCCCGUGCAUCAAGUGAGAUGUCAAGUGCCAGUUCCACCGAGUCGAAAGAGAGGGAGCUCGAGCGGAUCCAGAGCGCUCAGGACGCCUUCAAGCGAGGAACGACGUUCGCGGAUCAGAUCAUCGCUGUAACACGAGAAUUCACGACUACUUUGACCGACGAGGACGCAGACCUGGGAGCUAUCGAAGAGUUUCGUCGCAAAAUUGCGAGCCUGGGUCCACGACUGCAGUCUCGCGAUAUCAUACUCGCCAGGAAGAAGCUUCCGAAGAUUCUGCAAAGGCACCUGAACGCGGUCAAUUCCGCAUGGUACAAGCACACCAAAGGAGAUGACAGCACCGAGAGAAGCAACGCUGGGCAGAACAAGCUUCGGACGCUCGAGUCAGCAUCUUCUCCUUCGAAAAGCGCAACAUCGGCAGCGCCCAUGAAUGCUGGCCCCUCGGCCGAUGCACCCAAGCGCGUGGAGGCUCCGCAACACAUCGCUGAUCUUGGCGAGCCUCAACAGUCUUCUGCCUCGCGCCAUGGUGUCAAUCAGAGUCAGGAGGCAGGAGCUACAACUUCAAGCGGCUUCUUGAAGGAUACAUCACGGGCAGACUCGGACGCCGCACUUGUCGGUACCGACGAAACGGUUGGAGUCGGUCUCAAGACCACGGUGGACUCGGCAGAUUCAGAACAAGCAUACGAGACUCCGCUCGACGAGCCAAGCGAGGCUUCGAAUGCAGAUCGACACCAGGAUGCGGUUGAGCCUCCCCAGACUGAGCCAGAGGAUCCCGAAAGAGGGGCACCGGCUGUCACAGACUCGACGGCAACAACAGAGGAGCAGCCCGAGCCGGAGCAACCUUCUCAUCCCGUGAUAGAAGAGGAGAGUGAAGGCGAGGAGGAGGGCAACGAUGCUGACGAGCAAGAGCAGAGGCAGCCUGAUCAAGUUGGUGAGCCAGACGAGAUGGUGGAGGAGGAAGACGAGCUAGCAGACGAGCACACCGGAGACGAGCCUGCUGAUGCGUCGAGCGACAGUGCAAUUGCAACUGCGACUGCUCCCGAGGCUAUGGGCGAGUAUUCACACGUCGACACCGGCGACAAUCGUCAAGACGCUGGUGCUUCUUCGCCGCAGGCUCCAGAUAUCAGCAUCGAUGCGGAUCAACCCUCGAGCUCAACGAACGACUCAGCAACCAACGACGAGCAGCCACUCGGGACCGGCCAGGACGACCCAAGCGCGUCAGCAAGCGGAAACGUCUCUGACCAUGCUGCUCAGCCUGUUCUCGCAGAUGCAGCAAAUUCGAAAGCUGUCGUCACCGACGAGGAAGAGGCUGCUAACGCAGAUGCAGCUGGUCCCGCAGAAGCACAACCAUCCGAAGAAACGGAAGGUACGCGCACGAUUGCUCAGCAGGAUGGGGCGCAGGUAGAGUUGCAGAUGGAGCCGUUGGCAGAUUCACACAACAUGCCACAAGUCGAGCAGCAAGACGACCGUCCAGAUCACCAUCGCGAAGCUCAGCCCACUGAACAGAAGGAGCAAGACCACAUCGACGCAUCAGAGCCCCCGCAGGGUGACGCCCCGGCGAACGAACAAGUCAUCGAAGGUACGGGCGACAUGGCCGCUGUCGAUCCGGAGCCGGCCGUGGCGGAGAGUUUCGACGAGAGCUUCACGGGCGGCGUCAAUACCCCUAUUGAUGCGAGCACCGAACAAGUGGCUACCGCCGUCGAGGCAGUCGAGCAAGCGCUCGCAGCAGCGAGCGAAACAUUCUCGCCCGAAGCUGUUGACGCCUCCAUCAGUGUGCAGGGUGCCCAUUCUGCGGCUGAAGAUCCGAUGAAGGGCGCUCAUUCUGCAGCUGGGGAUCCUGCCCAGGGCGCUAAGGAUGGUGCUGCACCUGCAGGUGACAACGUGCCAGCAGAGGCUGCCGCUGCCAAUCCCGCACCUGAGAUUGUGACGGACGCGACAUCCUCUCCGUCUCCGUCAUCACAAGCCGCAGAAGAUGAUGCCGUGCCACAGGUGGCCGCGACGCUCGCGGACGAAGAGAGACCAAAUGCAUCCGUCGAGGAGGGCGGGGUUCCAGCACUGCUCGAAAACGGCGUGUCGGAGCAAGCUGCAUCAACUGCAACUGCCGGACCCGUUGCAGAGUUACACGACACAGAUAUGCCAGCUCAUGACGACGUCACUUCGAUGCCAAAGGAGACGCAAGCCCCGCCUCUGCCAGAUUUCGCCGCAGCUCGCGUUGAUCCGCCACCCGUGACGACGGAAGAGACCAGCCAUGCUGAAGAGCCGACAACAACAGCAGCGCCUGCAGCCGCAGAGAGCCAAGUCAACGCACCUCCAGCAGCCGAACCAGAACGUCGCCAAGGGAGGGAGAUCAGCCAGACUGCUUCGGACUCGACGCCAACUUCAAGACCGAAAAGGACGAUCGAAGACGGCAUGAGGUCCCUGCUCGGCGGACUCGCCGGCGUCACGGGUCGAUCAUCCUCCUACAAAACGAUCCAGAAACUCAAGCCACUGCGAGCCGGCUUCUCAACUCCCGAAACGGUAUCCGACCUAGUCCAACACUGGCAAGAUCCUGCCAAGAUGAUCCCAUGGACGUGCUUGCAGGAGCUAGGACCCGCCAUCUUCCACAAGAACGCACACAGGCACAUGCACAUCUCCAUGCACGAACUGAUGGACAAAGUGUCGAGCACGAGAUCGGUGACGCAUCUACUGGAGAAGCUGCCGGAGCGCGUCAUGACGCGGGCGCUGAUGGAGUUCCCACGCGUGCCGCACAUGCUACACUGUUGGAACGAGGAGAAGAACAAGUACUACGCCUCACGUGGCAUGCCUCAGCCGACGGACACGAAGCCGGAGUUCCGCUUCGCGGAUCGCGGAGAAGAAAGUGGUGUCGCUCGGGGGACGAGAGCGUCUGCGCCGCCGUCGAGCAUCGACAGUCCGAUGCAGCUCGAAGUGGCAGAUCGGAAGCCUGUACCCAUCGCGGCUCCUCCCAUGACGCCGUCCUACUCGGCUGCUGGAUCCGCUUCGCAGCAUCCAUCGAACCUGACCAACCCUGCAAUGGGCGCGCGUGCACAGAUGCCACAAAUGCUGCAGGUGGCCCAGCCACAGAUGUUGACCGAAAUCGGCUCCUCGCUUCUCGCUGCACACCUGGCACAGAAUCAGCAGAGAGCACAGGCUUCGGUGGUAGAUGUGCAACGCGCACGCGAACACGCGAUCGAAACUCAGCGCGCCCAUUUGGCAGCAGCAGCGGCGGCGGCACAAGCACGACGUGCUGCCCAGCAACCAACCAUCCGCCAAGCCUUCCAGCAGCAGACCUCCCAAACUCGAGCUGGUCCGGAGCAGCUCCACCAAAUGCAGCAGGCACAAUUGCUACAAGCCCAGCAGGCGCAGCAGAUGGCCCACAUCCAAGCGGCACAACACCACCAACAAGCACUGCAACACCAGCAAACUCAACAGCUCCACCAACUCUCCGCCACUCGUCAAGCGGCAAUGGUCAAAACCGGCACGGAGAGCAUCUUCGCCGACCUAGCAGCGGACUGUCUCUCGUUCGCCGAGCACGUGAUCGGUUCGCGCGGGAGUAGCGAGGUGAACCUCCAACGGCAUUUUAGCGAAGCCGACGUGUUGCAUGUGGUUGGGUUUGUGGUCAACACCUAUCGACGGGAGUGCGAGGAGCAGGCUGCUGCCGGACACGACGCUAGCAAGGCCAGGGAGAGGUUGGAGGUGAUCUCGCGGGUUCGGAACGCAGCGGUGGAGACGAUGGCACUGACGCAUACGUUGUGUAAGAUCAAGAUGUGUCUCAACGAGGCGGUGUUUGCGACGCUGCGAAGGACAGGGGCCGCGAGCACGGCAGGGUGGUUGGAGCUGUUGAGGACGAGCGAGAGGUGGAAGGGCGUAAGGGAUACUUUGUUGGUUGAGAGUCCGGGAUGGGGGAUGUUGAAUGGGAAGGAGGUGGAGAUGAUGCUGCAGAGACAGGUCGAGGUGGUGAAUAAGAGGUUGGAGGAGAUGCUGGAGCGACUGGUGGGGGUGGACGAGAUGGUGGGGGUGGUGCAGGGGACGGGAGAGGAGAGAGAGGCGCAUGAGGGGAUGAGGAAGGAGUGCGAGCAGAUCGGCUUGAUUUGCUGUAAGCACGUCGUGGGGAUCUUGGUGGGCGAGCCGGAGCAGUCGUCGGCGGCGACGGCGGCGAGAGGAUGA